AUGAACAACCCGUUCUUUGCUAGGACAAAGUCCAAGAAGUCAAAAAAAGCCAUUAAUGAUAAAGAAAAGGAUAAAGUUGUCACAGGCAAAAAACGUAAACUUGAAGUGAACGAUGACGAAGAGUCAAUACCUUCUAGUGAAGAUGAAGAGGUCCACGAAACGCCAGAACUUGUCGUAUUUGAUGGUUUGAAUCUGAAAAAGAAUAAUGGUGCAAAUAUAUACGAAUGGAAAGCAUUUAUGUCGCCAAAACUUUCCAAAAUGGAUGAUGCUACAAACUCGUCAAAGAUGAAAUCAACCACAAAAGAGAAAGAGGAAGAAGAAUUGAAUAAACGUCACGAUGCUGAACUAGAAGAAUUACUAAAGACAACGAAGUUAUUGGAUCUAUAUACCGCUGAACAAUUAAGUGGUAAAGAGCUUCGAAAGCACAAAGAAAAACAAAUGAUUAAUCUUGGAGCAAAGCCACCAAAGGGUGAUAAAGUUCCGACACCAAUAGGAUUGGGCAUAUUACGUAAGAAACUAAAAAAGGAAACAAAAGAACUCGAAGAGGCCAAAAAUCUCGGUCUAUAUCACCAAUCGAUUAAAAAUAAUUGGGCAGCGUCUGCCAAAAAGAAUAAUGAUAAAAGGGAUCGAGGAAUUGGUGUGGGUAUUGGAAAGAUAAAGGGCGGUAUUCUUAUGUUGAGUUCUCAAGAUAUAAAGAGAGUGCAGAAUAGUGGUGACACGUCAAGGAAUCUGGGAAUCGGUCGUGGUGGUAUGAAGGAUUUGAUGGGUCGUCGUGGCAAGUCAAAGAAAUAA